GAAGUCAUUCGGGUUUAACCAACCUUCCAAUAACCCGGCGGUUGGCUUAGAUUGUACUUUGUAAAGAAGCUGGCCCUUUUUAACAGCCAACAUUUUGUGACGUACGUUAUGAUGAAUUGUGCUCUGUCAGUCAUUACGGGGACUGAAUUUCGUUUUAAGCACACGUCGCUUAUCACAAUUUUAUCACCACAAAAAAUGAUCAGAUUCUGAUCAUUCUUCAUUGCUGACAAUACUGGGGGUGUCACUCCUAUUUCAAAAUCUAUUUCGCUGGACCUAUAUUGCAAUUUCUGCCUUUUCAUCUUAACAGACAAAUAGCAUUUUAGCACCGAUUUGAACUUCAUCUCACGGAGGUCGCACCACUAUGUUUACAACGGGAAAAGUUCGAACAUAAAAUCUGCAGCCUUGACGAAUCGAAAUUCCGUCAUAUCUAUCUUCCGAUGACAUCGUCGCUCACAAAUCGGAUGGGAAAACGACGACGGCAACGACUACGAUGACGAUACGAUGCCGUUAACAGCAUAUUUUGACUGAACAUUUAAAAAAUUUAUUAUCGAACUGCUUUCUUUCAAUACUCCCAAACGAAUUUUGAGUAGGCAAUGGGUGUUAGGUGUGGUUGUUUUUGUUUCUAAGGAGCAAUUUGACAGCGUUUCAGGAGAACAAUAUUCUCCAAGAAAGGGUGCUCCCCUGCCGCAGAGCACCCAGGCCUCUUAGGCGUCCAGUGUUAGAAGAUACGGACGGGAAAUUUCUUCUUCUGUUUGAUUUUUAACGAAUGAUCGAAUUCUCCAUCCGACGUCGCUGGUACAGACAUUCCUAUAAGGCCAUUCUUCAAGAAAUAAAGUGAAGCACUUUGAUAUAGAAUUUUCGGUGAUCGUCGGCCUCGCCGGCAAGGAUAAUCCCCUUCGAUGAUGUCGAUGAUGAUGGAAGAAUCACACUCGGAGUCAGCCCUGUACUCGACACCGACCUGCGUCCAGCUCGGCAUACCUCUCUCCGACUGCCCGGGCGGCAUGUACCCCAUCCGCGAUCCCCAUCACCCAUCGGCAACAAACCCCGAUGUACCUUUCCCCGUACCAAACUACCUGGAUCCGCGCUACGCAAGCUCCUUCAUCAGCCACUACGGACACAGCUACGUCCCGCUCCCGAACCCGUUCGGGUUCUACGAUCUCGAGCCGAGCUUCAUCCGAAGACGCAAUGAACGCGAACGGGAACGCGUUCGGAAUGUUAACGAGGGGUAUGCGCGUUUACGCGAUCACCUACCGUGUGAUAACCCGGAGAAACGCAUGAGUAAAGUCGAGACACUGAGGAUGGCUAUUCGCUACAUUAAGCAGCUACAGGUUCUAGUUGACAGUGAUGAAGGUGAAAAGGAGAAUAAUUGUGGCGAACCUGAGGAAAAAGAAAGUGGUUACCAUAGCAGCGAGGGAGAUGAGAAAUAAACAUCGAUUAUAUGGAUUUUAUGAAACAAUGUUUUUUCAUGACGCUAAAUCAACAUUUUUCAUCAUUUUUUUUCAAGUUCACGAAGCACAAUCCUAAAACGUAUAACCAAAUGUCACAAUCCGAAUUCAUAUUGUCAGUGGUUGUUUCAUUGUAUCACAGUUGUUAAACGGAAACGUGUUCUCUUCAGUAUCUAAUUUAUACGCAGAAGACCGAAUCAAAUAUAUUUUGGAUGAAUUGUUUUUUCUGUAUAUUGCUUGUGUUAUACAAGAAAAGCCCGUACAUCAGACUCCGAAAAGCUGCAGAUACAAGGAGAAAAUGAUAAAACAUUUCACACAGCUUGCCUGUGAUUUGUAUACCAGGUAACGUGCUUGCUUUGGCAAACGAAUAUGUUGUGUGCUACAAAUUAAUGUGCAAUUCUGAUUUAUAAUGUAUAUUGAUGUAUACUUUGUACAUAUCCAGAAAAAUUUAUUUAUUUAGCAAUGCUAGACUUGGUAUCUGUUUUCAUGGUUUUUUAAGCGAUUCAACUUCCAUGUUUUUUAAUUAUCAUUUUUUUAUUCUGAAAGAGAAUUGUUUUCAUCGAUUUGGACGAAUGUUCAUACAUUUCCGUCUGCCCAGUGGAAAUGGGCUGAAGAUAGUGGUUUGUUUUUGGUGAGAUUUUUUCGUGCCAAUUUAGACAAAAAAAUAAUGAUUAUGACUUGAUUGUAUAAUUAAUCUCUUUUUCACAUUGAAAUGAUGCAAAAGAUAAAAGAUUUAAUUAUAUUGGUAAUAAUAUUAUUAUGUGAGGAAAAGUGAGAAUUUUUUAGAUAAAGUCAAUUAAUGGCGGCAAUAGUCAAAUAUGACUAAUUGCCACUCAAACCAACAGAAGAAGAAGCUCUUUUUAUUUUAAACCCCCUCUCCCUCUCUCUCUCCUUCACUUCACUUCAUGUUGCAAGAAUUGUCAGUGGUGUCUUCUAUACAUCUAAGAGAAGAGACAAGUGAAUAAUAAUGUAGUCGUUGAGUAGCCUACACAGGGUACCAUCACGUGACAGACUUUCAAAAUGGAUGUGAACCGAAUAUUCUGGAAACUUAAUCUGACAAAAGAGAGAUGGAAAAAAUUAAAUUCAACCCCGUGACAUUACUCAAUCUAUGGUGAUGCAACUGUAUACAAUUACAAAAUAUUACAUAGUAUCGAAAGGUUCGUUUAAAAAAGAGAUAAAAUAUGUCUAAGACCAUAAUGGCACUCCAUGCGCAUGAAAACCACACGAUAUGAAGAAAAAUUGGGUAAAAAUGCACCCCGGGGUUUUGCUAUCAUUUUGCAUGUUCUUAACAUCGGGUGUGCUUCACUAUGAGGGCGGCGCCGAUAAUUGGAAAUUUAGCGGGUGUUAGUUAACACCUCUCGCCGGAACGCCGGGGUAAGGUGACGGGCGCGUAGCAGGUGUCUCGGUAUGCUGUGGAACGCACUAACACAAUUUAAGAGGGUCGGGAGUUAUUUCUCAUUAUGUGAUUUUUUUUCUGCAUAUUUUCAUGACUGCAUGAACAUUAAUGGUGGGAAGGAAUAAGAGUGGGGUCUUUUUUUUUCUUUUAUAAUGCCCUGGCACGGCGCAAGAAUGUUUUCAAGCCUCGUCAAUAACCAUGAUGUGGUAUAAUUCCAAAUCGCGCUAACUCCGCUUUCAUUACUUUUUGACAACGGAUCAUUCCGUUUCUUCUUGUUUUUUUUUUCUACAGGCGUUAGUAGAUGCACUUUUCAUAAUGAUUUUAAUAUUAAGAGUUUUUCAAUAAGGUCCACAGACAGUUUGGUUAAAUGUGUCCAUUCUUUCGAUGACUAGAUUUUCAUAAAAAACACCUUUUGGGAAUCCGGACGAAGAACGUUGAGAUAAAGUUGAAGGGUUAAUUUUAAGGAAAAAAAAUUGAAAUAAAGGAAGAAAAAUCGUAUAUAGAACAAUGUUCAGCGAUUUAUAAUGAUAUCUUCUAAUGCAGAGGCAUUUCAACAACAAAUAUGUAACCUUGCAUAAUUCAUCAUUUUAGUUUUUCCGUCGUCAUGGUUAUUGUGCAUUUAUAAAUGUAUGGAAAGACAUCACCAUGAAUGUAUUAAGAAACCCUUCAAAAUAAUGCUUAUAUCUGAAAUAUAAUAUCUAUAAAAAUAUUUCAUACUUGUACGACACAUUCCAUGCCCCAUGUAUGGACGGCAUUAUGUUUUUGUUUUCCUAAUUGUAACUGUUAAUAUCAGUGUUUGCAGUCAUGUAUAGAACGUGAAGAAUGCAUUGCUCUGUGGCGCCGAAUAGGAGGCGCCAGUUCGACGUGGUUCAUUUCACAAUUUAACCAUCUUUAGGCAUUCCGGUAUUCAUAGAUUUAUUCGAAUCAUGUUACGGUGACAAAUAUCUUAGCAUUUUAUGUUGAUCAAUAAUUUUUAGCAUUUAAAAUAUUGUUAAAAGCCUCGUUGUGCCCCCGAUCUGUGCCCGAUGAUAUAUAUUUUCUGCUGCAUCUUUUUUGUAAUAAUCGUUUAAAGUUUACCUUUCUCUCCCUUACUCUCUCCUUUUUUCUUUCUUUCCUUCCUUCAUGAAUUAUAUAUUUCCUUUGCUUUCUCUUUCUAUAUCUCCCUAAUAUUAUGUUUUCUCUCUACAAAGCUGAAAUUAUUUUCUUCACUUUUUCAAAUCUCUUCUCUCCCUCAUACACCCCAUUCAUAAUUCCUUCUCUCCCCCUCCCCCCCCCCCUCCUCCUCUCUCACUCUCUCUCUCUCUUUCUCUCUUUGUCUCUAUCUAUCUAUUUAUCUAUCUAUCUCGCUUUCUCCUUUCCUCUCUCCCAUUGAAACAAAAUAAAAAGUUUUUCAACUACAAGAUGAAUUUUCAGUGUUUGAAACAAUAAUUCAUUCUAACCAGUCCUUUUGUUGGCAUAAAAUAUGUAAACGAGAGGUAAAUAUCUAUGGUCAUAUGCAUCAUGUUCGCCUGUUCAUGGUGUAAAGUUAUUACGAAAUAAAUAUGUACGCUAUAAGCAAUCAUAAUC